AAACUACAGCAGGUCUGAGGACACAUUGAGGAAGGCUUACUCACUACAGAGAACACAGUGUAUUGACAGGAUCUGAAUGAUGGCAUGGUGCCGGUUUGAUUCUUACCACUUAAUAUUUCUUCUGAUGCUGGCUUCAACAGAAUGCAGAAAGUGUAGUGUUUUAAAUGUUGAUGCAGUGCUGAAUUCAGUAGUUACACUUACAUGCCCUUUAACAACAUGGCCUGAAGCCACACAGGUCAUUUGGGAAGUUCUUCAAGGUGAAAGAGCAGAAAGAGUUGGUAACUGCUCCUCAUCCUGCACCACAGGAGCUAUUAACAACAGAACCCAGAAACCUCUAUGUAAAGUAAGAGCUGUGGAAGAUUUAGAAAAAGGAACUGGAUCACUGAUCAUUAGUCCUGUGGCGAUCACAGAUGCGGUUUGGUAUCGUUGUACAGUGCAAAACAGAACUGGGCCUUACUGUUCUGAAAUAAAGAUUUCAGUCAAAGAUGAGCCUCAACUUCAGACUUUGAUCAAAGAUUGCAAAAGCAUUGAUCCAUUUGAAGCUGUUCUGAACAAGACAUUUAUGCUUCAAUGUCCUGUGGACAGAUCACAUCUUGAUGCUUCGCAGUUAAUCUGGGGGACUCUUGAAGCAGAUGUGACUAUUCCUAUAACUCGUUGUCCUACAGGCUGCACCUCCAGUGGAGCCCAGAAACCACUAUGUGAGAGAGCAAAAACAAUGAAGAAUGGUUCACUGACUAUCAGUCCUAUGUGGCCCACAGAUACUCAGUGGUUCUGGUGUGCACUUUCAGGGAGUUCCACUUCAUGUUAUAAAUUUAAGCUUAUUGUCAAAGAAAAUGGCUCUACUACUUGGCAAAUUAAAGCUAAAGGUGCAACACAAAGUGCACAGGAGCAAACUGACACAGUAGUCAUUAUGAAUGCCACAAUGCUAAUUAUAACCUCAGCAACCUCUGCUAUCUUCCUUUUGGCCAUACUGGUUGGGGUGUACAUCUAUUUCCAAAAACAGAAAAAGGAAAACACACACAAAGGUAUGGACAUUUUUCCUCACUACCUACCUGUUGUUGCUGAUCUAUUGUGUAGUAAUAGUAUAAUUUAUAUUUAUGUCCUAUAUAUUUUAUAUUUAACCAAUGAUUACCACGAGUGUGCAGUGCUGAGCAACUGGCAGGACAGGUUCAUUUGUGCAUAUUCGAUUUAUGCUCUGCUCGGUUCUUUUGUUUGGUUGCUUCAUCAUGUGUCUUUUUUUAUUCAUGUCUUAUAUCUGCCCCUGUCUUGUUACUGGCUGUUCCCCGACUGUGUGCUGAUUAUUCUCAUAUGUUCUGUGUUUCCCCUUUAAAUUGUUGCGUUAUUUAAACCUUAGUGUGUCACAUCUUUGUGGCAAAGUAUUAUUGCUGUUUUCUUGUGAGCUCGCUAUAGCAAGCCUUGUUCUCUGUUCCAUCUUUAGUUUCUUGCAUCCUGUCUAAUAUCAGCUAUUGUUUUCUUGUGAUCUCACCUUGCCUGCUUCAUCUGUUUGUUAAUCGCCCAACGUCUACCUGUUUGUUGGAUCUUCAUCUUUGUUUUAACCAUUGUGAGAGAUAGUAAUUAACCAAUGUCUGAACAGAAUUAUUCAUUUUUCAUUUGCCCAGUGAUGAAUAAUCUUUAUUAAAUAAAUAUUUUAACCCUAUACAGACCAGAAUAAUUUAAUAAGUUGAUAUCGUCACUAUUAACUGGACCUAAAACAGUUUGGCAUGGCCAUCAAUAGAAAGUUAAUUUCCUUACUCAAGUACUUUCAUGAGCCCUACAUUGCCAUAACAAUACAACCAAAUGAAAACCAAUGGUAGGAAUGUAAACUUUAUUAUUACUACAGUACAAACUAUAUUAUUAAGAUCAGAAAAUAAGACUAGCUGUAGUCAAAAAGUAUGUUAAUAAUAUUAACAUGCUACAAAAAUAAAUAACCAAAAAUAAAAUACAUUAUACAA